AUGGAACUUCCCUCUGUGGCAAGGGAAAAUCCGCUCGAGCUAAGAAAGAUCGCCGAUGAUACGACUCGGCACAUACACGCGCUUCAAGCGUUGAAGCGCCCGACAUCGCACUGGGACGACUUGCUUGUUUACAUACUCACCUCUAAGCUUGACACAAUCACAUUGCGGGAAUGGCAAUCGUCGUUGUCCGGAGCGGAGCUUCCUACGUUACAACAAUUUUCCGAAUUUAUCGCGCAUCGGUGCCAAAUUCUCGAGGCUACUAAAGCAAGUGUUGUGCCUGCGAUUAGUGUCGUUACGUGUUCACAGGUCAAUAUCAAGCGCCAAACGGCAUGCGUUGCAACCGUUAAGCCCAGGUGCAAUUACUGUCGGGGGAAGCAUUCGAUUUAUAACUGUAAAGAUUUUUUAUCACUUCCGGUUACCCAAAGGGAGACAGAAAUUCGCAACCUCAAGUUAUGCACUAAGUGCUUGCACUCAGAGGCUCAUACAGCCAAUAAGUGCACUUCGGGCAACUGCAAAAUUUGCCACGCAAGGCACAACACAUUGCUACAUGUAGAUGUCACCGCGGAGGCAUGCAACCACGAUAGGGCGAGCGAUGAUUCGAACCUCGUAGAGGUUCCGGCAGUUUUGUCGACGCAUGCAUCGAAUCGUACGGGAUACAGUCAUAUAAUGUUAUCAACAGCUCUCAUUUGUGCGUUCGACAAUCAAGGAAGACCUAGACCGUGUUACGCACUCUUUGACAGCGCAUCUCAGGUAAACUUUAUUUCUCGAGAGUUUUUGAACACCCUCGAACUGGCGCCGCAUUCAUUAGAUGUUCAGAUUACCGGCAUAAAUAAAGCAGUUACGAACUCCACGCAAGUGGUUUCGGUCAAGUUAAAGUUGCACUUAAAUUCAUGUUCUUGUACGGUAUUCGAAUGCGUAGUCACUGAGAAAAUUACGAGCAAGCUCUCGGUCCAUACCUUGAAAAGCGGCGACUUCGUUAUUCAUAAAAACUUUGAAUUGAUGGGCUCGCAAAAUUGCGUGUCCUUUAACAGUGACGUGCUGAUAGGCGCGGAAUUAUCCAAACGCAAACGAAAGAAAGAAGACAUACAUUGA